AUGUUGUUUCAACCUCAAGAAGCAAUUUCCAGCAUCAAAGUUGAGCCUCUGGACUCAAGCUAUAUCACAAACAUGAAUUCUUCACAGAAGAAACAAGUGGACUGCAAGAAUUUUUCAUCUCUAUCUUUGAACGAGUCACAGAUUUCAGUUCAGUGGAGCUCGGAGGUGACAUCAUGUCUCUUUUGGAGCAUUAUUUACAAUGAGUUUUUGCUGAACCUGUCAAUAUUUACAAUUCUGAUGCUCUUCACCUUUUCACUGGUUGUUAACAUUUAUCUGCUCCUGGGACUGGAACACUCAGAAGCUCUCUCCUGGAACCCACGGUAUGUGCUUUUGAAGAAUCUCAUUGUAAGUGAUUUGCUGCUGACGGUGACGAUCAGCCUUCCGGCUCUUCACUGCUUGCUGUGGCGUGAAACUCUGAUCUUCAGUUUCAGAUGCAUAGUGCAAUAUUUCACUGUUGCGGUCGCGAUCCUUGGCUCGCUUCUGACCGUCUCCUCAAUGGCUUUGGAGCGCUUUGUGUACACGUGCCACGGCAUCCACUACCUGCGGAUCAUGACCAACAUGCGCUUGUACUGUUUCAUGAUUCUCAUCUGGUUGUUGGCUUUAGCAGGUGCUGGAUCUUCUACCGCCCUGGUGCUGAUGAGCAGGGCAAAUUUUGGUCGCAUCCUUGCAGGGUUUGUGUGUGAGCCGGAAGUUGUACAAGCCCAGCUUGAGCCAUCAAACUAUUUUGAGACGUUCAACAAAAUCUUCAUCGGAUCUGUGCUUUUCCUGUGCCUUCUCGUUUUCUCCUUUUCAUAUAGGCGUAUGUAUCAGGAAGCUCGGCAGGUGCAGCAGCCGUUCCAACAGGACAAUGCCCGUGCUAGAUGUACCAUCUUUUUUUACUUUGCCAUCUUUUUGCUUCAGUUGUUUCCAAGCAUUAUCAAAUUGAUCACUAUGUUUGGCAGGGAUGUAGACAACCAUAUCUACAUGAUAAUGCUGGUAUUGGUGCCACCAUGUGUCAACCCAGUGGCAUACGGUAUUAGAAAUAAGGAGGGUCUGGUCAUUUUGGGCCAGUUUGUGUCUUGGCCACAAGAUGCCACCACUGGGCCCCUACUCCCAAUUGCCACCACUGGGCCCCUACUCCCUACAGCCACCACUGGGCCCCUACUCCCAAUUGCCACCACUGGGCCCAUACUCCCUACUGCCACCACUGGGCCCCUACUCCCAAUUGCCACCACUGGGCCCCUACUCCCUACAGCCACCACUGGGCCCCUACUCCCAAUUGCCGCCACUGGGCCCAUACUCCCUACUGCCGCCACUGGGCCGCUACUCCCAAUUGCCGCCACUGGGCCCCUACUCCCUACAGCCGCCACUGGGCCCCUACUCCCUACAGCCGCCACUGGGCCCCUACUCCCUACAGCCGCCACUGGGCCCCUACUCCCUAUUGCCACCACUGGGCCCCUACUCCCUACUGCCGCCACUGGGCCAUUUUUUGAGUUUAUUUUGGUUUCCCGAGUCUCUAACCCCUUGUUGUAUUUUCCUGUGUACCCUGUUCUCGAGUUUCCCCUGAGAUAA